GGAUGGUUAGGGCUGUAGGUGUUAUUCAGGAUUAAUCUUUGUUGCUGUAGCAACUGUAUUCAGUUACUAAUGUAGAAGUGAACGAAGCAAUUACAAGAAGUAGGGAUUGGUCGUAGAUUAACGAUGGGACAGAGUUACACUACAAUGCCAGAGGGUCCACCAGUGACAAUGGGGGACAGCAGAAGUGCUCCACCAGUUUUGCGUCGUUGUGAUAAUCCUUGGAAACCUAACGCACAGCAUGGACAGUCAAAGCAACUGUAUCGUCGAUGGAUGGGUAUCCUAAACCGGGUCACACAGACAUCCUUAGCUGUUUUCCUUGAGCAAGCAUGUGAGGUUCUUUUAUCAGAUCCUGAACAUCUAGCUCAUUUCUUUGAGCUCCUGAUAUUUAAGGCCCAGGAUGAGCCACUGUUUGUGGAUGUAUAUGCCCGUUUGUGCAGUAAUAUUGAUGCUCGUACUGAAAUUCAGAGUGACUUAAUAAAAGCUUGUGAAAAUCAUUUCACUGAAAGUUACCAGAUUCUUAUGGAAUACAACAAAAUUUUUGAGGAACCUGUCUCAUCGCAUACUGUGUAUGAAGAGAUUUUAGUGAGGCAGAGGUGCAUUGGCCAUUUAAGGUUUGUCGGGGAGCUACAUAAGAAUGGGCUAAUGAGCGGUAACCACGUGGCAGCCAUGGUUGAAACAUUAUUGCAACAUAGUGAUGAACGGUCUUUGGAAUGUUUGUGUCGAUUCCUUCAUUUUACCGGCCAAGAACUCAGUCAAACUCAUGAGGACUUGAUUGAACAAAGCUGUAAUCAUAUUGAAAAUUGUCUUGAGAGUGGCUCCCUGACUCAUCGUUUACGUUGGUUAAUACAAGACACACUUGGUUUACAUGCAAAUGGAUGGAGACCUUUGGUCGUGGAGCAGGGUCCUACACGUAUCACAAGGGAUGUUCGGGGAUAGCUGUGUAGCAUAACGUCGUCUCAUGAUUAUGUUUUUUGUAGAUAUUUUGUCAUAUUUUUUAUCUUGCAAUAAUUAUCUCAACAUAGGUUUGUAAAAAAGCUGGUUUUGCAUUUAAAUUAUGAUUAACAAAUAUUGCAGUAAAAAUCAUUGUUGAUGGUUACAUAGCCAAAUCUGUGUAAUGUGACAGCCAAUGUUUUUGUUUAUUAGAUAUAAUAACUUGCCUCUUACAGAAAUUUUUGUUUUAAUGAUAGAGGUUUUCUUCCAAAAAAUAUAGUGUGCAUGUGUAGUAUGGAUGCUGUUAUAUUGGUUUAGGGUAACUUCAACCUUAAAUUUCUUGUCUAAACAGAGUUAUGUAUCUUGUAACUGACACAACUUUAUGAUCAUCUCAGAAACUUAGUGAAAGUUUCUAUAUAAAGGAGAUAUUUAAGUGUGAAUCAAAAUAUUUGUUAUUUAGCCAUGUCAGCAUAGCAACUUCCAAGGAGUACGUAAUUCAUGUAUGGAGAUAUCAAAAAAGAAUUUUCUUUCUUGUGGUUACCUCAACUAUCUUCAAUACUAUUCAAGACUCUGGGAUAACAUUUCCACCUUUUCUUUCUCUAAUUAGUUUUAGCUGUCUGAUUCAUUUUAGAUUAGAAACAAGCUGAUGUAUGUGAUAUCUUGCACUUUAAAAUAUUAAAAAAAAGUUGAGUUGCCCUUUUAUUCCAAGUA